AUGUCUUCUCACACUAGCAUUACUCAGGAACGGCUAAAUGAGUGCUCAAGUGUUGGCUGAGCGAGUCAGAAGAAAUAUUAUUGAGGGAAUUGAAAUCAGGGGCUGUGCUUUGACUGUGUUGACCAUUUGCAUUCGACUUGUUAUUCUUCAGAAAAAGUAUUAGAGAUACCUAAUUCAUCUAUUCUUAAGAGUCAGUUGAUGAAUAUUACGAAUGUCUUUGAGUUUUGCUCUGAUUUGCAAAACACAAGCUGAGUCAGCCCAAUUCAUGACUUUAGUAAAAGACUUUUGGCUUUAUCUGAGCAAUGGGACAAAUUGCGCAAUGAAAUUCAAGUAACUAUCAAAGAUGAAGAUACUCUCUCUAAAACUUCUGGGAUAUCAGAAUUCGAAAACAUACUUCAAUCCAAAUAACUACGAAAACAAAUGAAGAGAGUUCAUGAACACCCUUAAAACUUCCUCUCUGUACCAAGACCUAGCAGUUACUCUACUCAACCACAGUAUCAAAAAUCUUUCCAGUCCAGAUUCUUCCUCUCCAAACAUCCUCAAUUGAACAACUCCAUUCAUCAUUCCUACCUUAAAAUCUGAAAUAUCCACUCUGCAAUCCUCCCUAUUAGACUUAAAGAAAACCAAAACCAAGUUGUCCCUCUCCCAGUCAGAACUGAAACUCGCUUACAACAAAGCACAUAAGCUGAAGGAAGAGAUAGAGGCGAUGCACUUGAGGAAUAGGAUUUUGAGUGAUGAGGUGAGUGAGUUGAAGAAGAAUGUGGAUGCUUUGGAGCAGGCGAAAGGAAAUUUGCAAAGAGAUGUAGAGGGUUUGAUAAUGCAGAAUUUGGAGUUGAAGAGAGAAGAUAAAGAAGUUAAUGAGGAAAUUGAGCAGAUAAGAGAAGAGAAAGAAUGGCUAAAAUCAGAAAUCCAAGAUCUCAAGAAAGACAACCAAGACUUAGAACAAACUCUUAGGCUUGUAACACAAGCUGCAGAUGACCAGGAGAAUGUGAAUUUGGAAAACCAGGAAGAACAAUGGGAGGGUAUACAGAGGUUGGUCAAGCAAAAGAAUAUUAAGAUAGACGAGUUGAAGGCAUUUGUUGGUAAGGUGGGAAAGAUUGAAUUAAAAGUUGAUGAGCAUUCUUAGGCCAAAUGCCACAUUUAUUGCUUCAUAAAUUCAAUAAAUCUUG